GCAUCCAUUACUACAAACAAUGUGCACUUGUGAUUUUCAGAAAGGAUUAGGCUGCAAAAGAAGGCACUGAAUAAACAUGGAGCACCAUGAAAAGGAACAUACCUAUUCUGAUGUGCCCCAUCAUCAAGAAAUGACUAAGGUUAAAGAAGCUGCAGAUGAGCCUCGUCGUCUCAGGGAUAGAGACCAGCUGAAAAAACGAAGGGCUGAAGCUGAACAAAAAGAGUCCUACCAAGAGAUGCACAAAAGUAAGCGACAAAGAAAGGGUAGAACAGGGGGCAAAAGAGGGGGCAAAUCACACCAUAAAGAAGGAGAGGAAGAUGAACCUGAAGAGGAAGUAGUAGAGAAAGAACCAGAAGUAUCUCAACAAGCUCCAUCUUCUGGACACGAACCAAAAAACGUAGAAGCAGAAACCUUCCUGAUCUCUGAUGAUGAUUCAAGUGGAGACAUUGUGAAGAAAGAUGAUCCACAUGACCCGCCAGAAACAACUCCUGAUGCUGCUUCUUCUGUCCCUAAAGUAAUAGCAUUAGGAUAUCCUCAACAGACUGGCAAUACAGAUGAUUUCAGUUUUCCUGAAGAGGAUGUGGAAGAACCUGCAUAUCACUUUUACUCCAGCUUGGAUUAAUCCCACCUAUUUAUGACCAGCACUUCAGCAGUGAACUGAUCUGUGGUUUAUGUUAUCAGAAAUAUGUUUUUUUUGUUGUACUUUUGUAAUUUUAGAUUUAAACUCUAACAAUACCAAUGAGCUGAUACUAAGUCAUGAUUUAAAUGUACAACACUGACUUUGUUAGAUCCAAAGUGUGGGUCAAAGGAUUCAGUACUUUGGUAACAGCUAUCAUGCAAUAUGUCUUCAUGUACAUACCUAAUAAACUGUAUUUUAUAGCCAACUUAGAAAAAUGACUGUUCUGGAAAUUAGACAUAGAUUAUUGUUUUGGAUUCCUGUGUGAAGUGAAACAGUUUAACAUAAAAUAAAGUUAUGAAAGAUUAUUGUU